AUGGAAUAUUGUGAAUUUGGUAAUUUAUAUGAUCUUUUAAAAACCCAAAAGAAAUUUGACCCUGAUAUUUCUUUAAAUUUUAUUUCUUAAAUAUUAAAUGGAUAUUUUACAUUAGAUAAGUUAAAUAUAAUUCAUAGAGAUUUGAAACCUCAGAACAUAUUUGUUACUAAAAAUUAAACUAAUUAAAUAAUCCUAAAAUUGGGAGAUUUCGGAAUUGGAAAAUAAUCUGAAUAAACAUAAUCAAAAAUAGGAACUGUAUGUUAUAUGGCUCCUGAAAUGGUUGAAAAAAUUGAUAAUAAAUAUAAUAAAAAGAUUGAUAUAUGGGCUUUGGGAUGCAUUUUAUUAGAGUUAUUAACUGGAAAGAAAUUUUUUAAUGGCAUAGAUAAAAAUGAUGUAAUAAAAAAUAUUUUAAAUUUCGACUUUAAGAAGAUUUAAGAAAAUUUCAAAAGUUUCUUAAUGGUUUUUUGA